CGCAUGAGAAAGUUCAAAAUCUGUUCGCUCCUUAUUUCAUUCUGUUAAACACACACACAUACACACAUACACACACACACACACGCUCACCUGGCUGUUGAAACCAUGUCAGAAACACAAAGAACCCUCACUCAGAAUCCUCUGGAGAAAACGUGGGGGCCAUGGAUGAAAAGCCGGCUGAGCCAACGCAGAGGCUCGUCAGUGCCCCAGUUCACCAACUCCCCGACCAUGAUAGUGAUGGUGGGACUCCCGGCACGAGGGAAAACCUACAUUUCUAAAAAGCUCACCAGAUACCUGAACUGGAUCGGGGUUACAACCAAAGUGUUCAAUGUCGGGCAGUACAGGAGAGAUGCCACACGCUCCUACAACAGCUUCGAGUUCUUCAGACCCGACAACUCGGAGGCCAUGAAGAUACGCAAGGCCUGUGCCGUCGCUGCACUGAAAGAUGUGUGUGAUUACUUCAACAGAGAGCAGGGUCAGGUCGUGGUUUUUGAUGCCACCAACACAACCCCAGAGCGGAGAGAGGUCAUCCUUGGCUUUGCCAAAGAAAACGGUUACAAGGUUUUCUUUGUGGAGUCAAUAUGUGAUGAUCCAGAGAUCAUCGCUGAGAAUAUUAAACAAGUGAAGCUGAGCAGUCCGGACUAUGCAGACUGUGACAAAGAGGAGGCUGUGACCGACUUCCUGAAGAGGAUCGAAUGUUACAAGUUGACAUACGUCCCACUGGAUGACAACAAUGACAGGAACUUGUCUUACAUCAAGAUCUUCAACGUGGGCAGCAGAUACCUGGUGAACAGGGUCCAGGACCACAUUCAGAGCAGGAUAGUCUACUACCUCAUGAACAUCCACGUCACCCCGAGAUCCAUCUACCUGUGUCGCCACGGAGAGAGCGAACUCAACCUCGUGGGUCGUAUCGGCGGAGACUCCGGGCUGUCAACUCGCGGGGCAAAGUUUGCCAGUGCACUGGGUACGUAUAUGCGUGGGCAGUGUAUCAGUGACCUCAAGGUGUGGACGAGCCACAUGAAGAGGACCAUCCAGACUGCAGAGGCUCUGGGGGUCCAGUAUGAACAGUGGAAGGCCCUCAAUGAGAUAGAUGCUGGGGUUUGCGAAGAGAUGACAUAUGAGGAGAUUCAGGAGCAUUUCCCAGAGGAGUUUGCACUGAGGGACCAAGACAAGUAUCGCUACCGCUACCCUAAAGGAGAGUCGUACGAGGACCUGGUCCAGCGUCUGGAGCCGGUCAUCAUGGAGCUGGAGAGGCAGGAGAACGUUUUAGUCAUCUGUCACCAGGCUGUCAUGAGAUGUCUGCUGGCCUACUUCCUGGACAAGAGUGCUAAUGAGCUUCCCUACCUGAAGUGUCCUCUCCACACCGUCCUGAAACUCACCCCCGUCGCCUAUGGUUGUAAAGUGGAGUCUGUCUUCCUCAACAUUGAAGCUGUCAACACACACAGAGACAAGCCAGUGAACGUGGACGUGGACAGAGAACCAGCAGAAGCAUUAGAGACGGUACCAGACCACAUCUAGAGGAGGAAACUGAACAAAACCAGGGAGCUGGUUUUGUUUCCAUCCACCGUGACGGAAAGUGGCCUUUUGUUUGUUUUUUUUUAAUUUAAGUAAUCAUAGCAAUCGUUGUUGUGGUCAUUGUUGUGAAGUGAAAAACUCAACAAUGAAAGUGCAGCAUUUCUCCUGUGGCAGCCUACUUCCGUUGUAAAUGCACUUUAUAAUGCAGGGCUCAGGCCAAAUGUCAGUGAUAUGAAGAGAAAGCGUCUGGCUAGCAGCCAGUUAGCUUAGCUUACUUUAGCUUAAAGAUUUGAAAUGGGGAAACAGGUAGUCUUGCUCUGUUCAAAGGUAAUAAAAUUUGCCUACCAUGACAUCAUAAAGCUCAACAAUCAACACGUUGGUUAGUUUGUUUAACCCAUCAGAAAUUAACAGAUUACACUAGUUGCCUGCUAUAACCUGCCAGGUAAGGGUCAGGUGUAUGACAGGGGUAGCUGAACUUUGGCUACUACUUGCCACUAAUGUUUGAUAUAUUUAACUUGCAUAGACUAGACUGGCUGUGAGUAUUUUUAUGCUAAAACAGAUAUUUAAAAUGUAUAUUUGAAAAGUACAACAGCAUUGACACGUUUCCUCUUCAUUAUCUCGUUUUUCCAUAUUUAAACAAAAUUUCCCUGCUUCCAGUCUUUACGCUAAGCUAAGUGGCUGCUGUCUAUAGCUUCAUAUUUAGCGCAGAGGUAUCAAUCUUCUCGUCUGACUCUUGGCAAGAAAACAAACAUGAAAGGCUAAUUCCCCUGAAUAUCAACCUGUUCCUCAAACUUGAACUGACCUGUAGGUUUGAGUCACUGUGUAUCGUGUUUUCUUUGCAUUCGAGUACUCAAAUGGUUUUUGGGUGGAUUGGUUUUGGUCGCUGUCACAGUGCUGCUUUGGUAUCAACCUUGCCUUGACAGAAACAGGGCCAUGCAAACCACAAUUCCCACAGUCCUUUGAGAGUGAAACUAGAGGAGACAUUUGGCACUUUAACUGCCUGACACCAUGAUGUGCCUCACGUAACUAAAAUAUACAUGAUUACUCUAUGCACCAUACAUACACACACACAUACACACACACUGGAGGUGCAGCGUGAGUACUGUUGUGUGUUUUUAAUAGACGAAAGAAACAUGAUGGGAUCUGGUGCAAUAUUAAUAACUGUGGUGCAGCAUGUCAGUGUUUUUUAAAUAUGAAAAUAUUUCAAAGAUGGCUGGCUGAUUGCGAAACCUUGGUGAAAUACAUUGACCGUGUUCAUGGUCUGGGGUCUGUGUCACGAAGCAAGUUUGACUUAGUCUGGCUCUCUUCGGUUUUCAAUGAUUCUGGAUAAUCAUGGUAUCAUGAAGCUGGUUAUGAACUAGCUCUGGGUUUAUUGGUCCAGCUCUGAAAGAGGUGGUGGUGGUGUUACUUCAGAACCAUGACUGCAAUAUUUAAGCUCACAUGAGAUAAGUAAAGUAGAAUAAGAAGCCAUAGAAAUAGUAGAAAUGAUUAUCAAAACAAUUAAUGAAUACAAAGCUAUAAACUGCAGUAAUUAUAUCGAACUUUUUAAAUAUGGUUGGACUGUUAAACAUGUGCACUUUAAAUAUAAAGAAAUUAUUUUUAAAAACUCAUUACUGUAAAUCAUGUUAUUUUAAAUGCUUUUGUUUUUAUUUCAUAAUGGAAUUUUUUCUUAUUAAAUAAAUGUUGGUUUCUAUAUUUUUUCCAUUUUGAUUAUUUACUGUUCAAUUAGCAAAUUAUCAUAAAUAUAUAUAUAUAUAUACCUGAAUAUUGAACUUUCAUAUAAUGGACAUAUUUUGGUGCCAUUAUGAAUACUAAAAAUAACUAAAGUAAGAAAAUAAUACUAAUGUCUGAUAUGUUCAAUUUAUUGACCUAAUUUGAAACUUUGAGUAAUUAAUAUGCAUCUAUAAUAGUCAUCUGAGCGGUUGGUGGUUUUUUUAAAUUUCAGUUUUUAAAUUCACAGUAAACAUGUUUUGUGUAAAAAACAUUUCUUCUAUCCCUUAUGUAAUUAUCAUGGAAGGCAAAUUAGUCUAAACUCGUUUUUUUCAUCGAUUUGAGGACCCAGAAGGAUUUUCCAGUUAUCUGAGUGGUCAUGAGUCUGUUUAGCAGUGCAGCAUAGGUUAACAUGGUGACACACCCCACUUCAAAGUGAGCCAGCUUCAUGAAACUAAAAAACCUGCGUUAAGCCCAAAGAUAGCUGGAUAACCCGCUAAUCUGUCUUCAUGAUACAGGCCCCUGUUUUGUGCAUUAGUAGUAAGUUUUACAGUUUGUUUGUUUCACCUGGGGGAGCAAUAGAAGAUACAAUUUCCUCAGGGGAUCCUUAUUUUGAAAAAAAAAAAAACAACAAAAAAAACUACAAAAAAACAGGAUGCCAGCACAUGACAGUGUAAAUAAAUGCAUGUACCCAUUUCCAGAUAAUGUGACAAGUUAAACUCAUCAAUCAUUUAUCGAGUCGUCCCUUUAAAAACACAUGUUCAGUUCUUGCUGUCAGUGGUAGCAAGUCUAGUGUCAAGGCAGUAAAUUUGUGCUUUUUGUUUGGUCAAAUCAAACUAUAUCUACGGUCUCAUCUUCGUCGCGCUGCUGUUCUCUUGUCUAUGUAAACGUGCAUUUGUGCCGUGUGUCCUGAACUCUGUAAUAUGUAGCAACUGGGGUGUCAAAGUGAUACUUCAACACUACUGUCUUCUUGUCCAACAGCAGUGAGAGUAUGUGAGAGAAAUGAAUGAAAAGACAGUGUCAAUCAGUGCAAAUCAUUGAUGUUGAAUCUGUUAUAAAAGAUGAUUUUAUUUUCUGAACUUGAACAAAUAAUUAUUACCUUAAAGUCGAGGCAAUAAAAUGAAAAUGGAUACCUGA